GGUCUCAGUUCAUAAUAGAUGAUGGCUGAAAAUAUUCUCUAAUAAUUAGUUUGACUUUGCUGUUUGAAUAGAAUGUCGCUACUACAGGUAUGUGUAGCGAUGUUUCAAACGCACAGUGGGCUGUUUUUUCCUCGCAUCAGCGGUCACGUGCCCUUUCUGUCGUUGCACAUUAAUUAUUCCCACAGUCUCCGGAUAGGCUAUUAAUGCGUCUUUUUCGCGGUGCCCGCUGUCUAAAUGCGUUUUCCCAGUUUCUAACAAAUAAUUCACUCUGUCUCGGGCGCGUGAUGCACUGCAAAUUGAAAGAUGGCGCGAAAGAGCUCUUGAGUCGGCGCGGCGCGUUCAGGUGCACACACCUCCAGCAAAAACUACGCACUCAGCUCUGUCUGCUUCAGCCCAAAUCAUUUUAGGUGCACGGAAGGGAUAACGCUAGGCGCAUAACCGCAACACGACAGUACGUUCAGCUCCUCUGUAUUUCCAAGGAAGACACGCAAAGGACUGCCAUGAGCUGUCGUGUCUAGUGACCCGCUGGCGAUGGGAUCUGACCGGCAUACUGAUACGCUCCGCCAGCAGCGUCAGCAUCGGGGAUCGAGACAGACGCAAGAUCACCUCGCCGCGCCACUUUGGUUUUCGUUAGAGUUGCUCAUUUCUUUGCGUUUGUAGUAUUUUGAUGUUGGUCUCGUCGUCGCGCAUGCGUUGCUGUGUAGUUGAAAUUGCUGGAGCGCUUCUUCAGACUGAGUUUGGGCUACUGGUUCUCGGUUGAUGAUGAGAGGGAUGCUGGUCGCACGGGAUCACUGGCGCGCGGGGAUCUUGUGUCUCCUAGUGCUCGUGGCUUUGACGGUCUGUCGCAGCCCUCCAGCGCACAGUGUAAAUGAACCAAGCAACAUGUCAUAUGUCAAAGUCACCGUGGAUAAACUACUCAAAGGCUACGACAUCCGUCUCAGGCCAGACUUUGGAGGUCCUCCGGUUGAUGUCGUUAUGAGUAUCGACAUCUCCAGUAUCGACAUGGUGUCAGAAGUGAACAUGGACUAUACCAUCACCAUGUAUUUCCAGCAGUCUUGGCGUGAUAAGCGCCUGUCCUACACAGGGAUUCCCCUCAAUCUUACUUUGGAUAACCGAGUGGCUGAUCAACUAUGGGUGCCUGAUACUUACUUUAUUAAUGACAAGAAAUCUUUUGUCCACGGGGUCACAGUGAAGAACCGCAUGAUUCGUCUGCAUCCUGAUGGGAAUGUGCUCUAUGGCCUCAGGAUAACUACCACAGCUGCAUGCAUGAUGGAUUUGCGGAGAUACCCGCUGGAUGAGCAGAACUGCACGCUGGAGAUUGAAAGUUGGUCAUAUCCUCGUCUGUCUCUCAGUUUUAAACUGAAGAGAAACAUUGGAUAUUUCAUCCUGCAGACCUACAUGCCUUCAACAUUGAUCACCAUCCUGUCCUGGGUCUCUUUCUGGAUCAACUAUGAUGCUUCUGCUGCAAGAGUUGCGCUAGGAAUCACCACCGUUCUGACUAUGACCACAAUCAACACUCAUCUUAGGGAGACUUUACCCAAGAUCCCUUAUGUGAAGGCCAUAGACAUCUAUCUGAUGGGCUGCUUUGUCUUUGUGUUCCUGGCCUUGCUUGAGUAUGCCUUCGUCAACUACAUAUUCUUCGGCCGGGGUCCACACUUGCAGAAGAAAUUGGCAGAAAAAGCUGCAAAAAGCAACAAUGGAAAGAGUCGGAUGGAGAGUAACAAAGUUCAGUUUGAUGUCCAUGGAAACAUUCCCCUGACAAACCUUGACCUGCGCCUUAGUGGAGCAGAGAUGUUAGGUGCUUUUGGGGACCCAAGGAACACCAUGUUCUCUUAUGAUAGUGCCAGCAUCCAAUACCGUAAGCCCCUUACAGGUCGGGACCUCUAUGGCCGGCCCACCGCCUCUGUCGAGAGGCCAGUGGCACGAAAAAAGAGUCGUCUUAGGAGGCGAGCCGCUCAGCUAAGGGUGAAGAUUCCAGACCUGACAGACGUAAACGCCAUCGACAAGUGGUCACGUGUCAUCUUUCCCAUCACCUACACCUUCUUUAACUUAGUAUACUGGCUGUAUUAUGUCCACUAGGGAGCAGCACUGACUCGACAAAGCCAUUCACACAUCAGGUCAGGCUCUCUUACCCUCCUUGUGGUUUUGACUGUCAGUCAGACGGGAGGAAAAGGUGCAUUCUGUAGGUAACCCUUCUCUGUAAUUUAUUAAACUAUAACGAAUAUAUCAUAUAAAUCUAUAUUAUAAUUUUGAAAUAAGAAAAUAAGCUAAAAAAAUUACUACCCAACUUUUAAAGCUGUUUAAUGUAGAUUGUCACAAAUAUUAGUUUCAAAUUGUCACUGGAUUUUUGCACUUUGCUUCUGUAGGAUGAGUUUCACAGACUGCUGAAAGUACAACUUCACAAUGGGGAGAAAAAAGGCUUUUCUUUAGAGAUGACUGCACUGCAGCUGCAUGUCAGACAGGCUUAAAUCUUUAAAACAGCAUUUGGAAGUUGUUUUAAGGUCUUAAAGAGAUGUUCUUGGUUUAUUACAAGCUCUAUCAACAACAUUCGUGGCAUAAAUUUCAUUACCACAGAAAAUAAUUUUAACUCAUCCCUCAGGUUUUUAUAAUAAAUAGUCGUAAGUUUGAAAAUAAUUGCAAGUUACUUUUAUCUGGUACUUUCACAUCAUGUAGAUUUUAUUAAAGCUUUAUUCCUGUGUUUUGCAACAAUGUAAGCAUUUUGGUUUUUUAGAAAACCAAUAGUUAUUCAGUAUAGUAAAACUGUUUCUCUUUGAGGUCAAUGUGAUCCCAGCACAAGAUUAGGAAGGUUAGUAAGUCUUGAAGUGUCAGCCUACUUCUGUUCGGUAUUUGUGGUAUUAGUAUUUAAUUGUGGUUACUGUAAGACACUAACAGUGGAAGUACAUGAGCCAGGCAAUUGAAAUAAUAAUACCACACAACAUAAGUUAUUCAUAUUGGCAUGACAUGCUAGUAAACCUGGUACAUUUUUGGCUCAUGGAGACCUGAAAUUGAUGUUACAGUUGUACACUGCUUACAUGGAGCAAACUCCACCUGCAAGACUAAAUGUACAGUAUCAUAUACUUUUAUAGUUCCUGAAGAUAAGUUCAUUUACCUAAAACAGUAAUAUCUAAAAAAAUAAUUUUAUAGUCAGUUGAUGGAGCUUAACUUGAAUGAAAACCUGGAACAUUCCUUUAAAAUCAAGACCUUCAUAUUAUGUUUAAGUUUGAUAAAUGCCUUGCCCCAGUUUAGACACAUCAUGUAGAUUAAACUUGUUUGUCUUAGUAAGACUUUAGCAACUCUGCUACCAAGAAAUGGGCAAAAAAGCUCAUAAUUUGGGUUACAGUAUUUAUAGGGCUCAGUUUAGAGUACAUCUAAAAAAAAUAUAUUGUCUGCAGCACUUGUGUGUCUAUAUAUGGCCUAACACACUUGUUCUCUAUUAUCAAAUGUAGUCAGUCUGCCAGGAACGGAUGUCCUUACAUCAGUAUAACAACACAUGGUGACAAGCAGGAUGUGAGUUUAAAGUCCACACAGUAUGGAAAUGUGUACAUUAAAAUAUAUCAGGUAUUGAAAGAUGAAUGAUGUCAUCAUGUUUUUCUCUACUUUUUCUUUUAAACCAACAAAUCCUGCAUAUUUCAUUUAUAGCAGAAGUUGAGUUUUAUACUGUAAAGCCCAAUAUGUAAAAUCCAGAUUCGUUAGCAAGAGGUUAAAAGACAAAAAUGUGGUUUCAGGAAAGUGAUAUUUUAGUUCCUAUUGUUCAGUAUUUGACUCAGCAUUCCCAACACUAUUGUGAUCGAAAUGUAGCUAUGAUUUUAGAUAUGGGCAAUGUUUUAGGGAUGCAGUUAUAUCUAUUUAUAUAGGAAGUGACUUCAUAGUAUUUACCUUACACAUUUGCAUUUAGCUUUAAACUGUGCUAUUCACUGUGAGUUAUAUAUUAGCCAAGCUCACCAAAACGGCAGAUAAGACUUCUAACAAAUUAGAUUUUUCUUCUUUAUGGCUGAACUUGUGCCUUUUAAGAAAAAAAAAACAUGUAUUUUACAGGGUUUAGCAUGCAACAGCAGAGUAGAAAUAUUCUGAAUGGAUUUCCACUUUUCUAUAGAACUAAUAUUACUCAAGGGUAGCACACGUAAUCAAAAUCAAAGGUACUUUCAAGGCAUUUUCCAAUGCCCUGCAUUAAUAUUCACUAUAUUAUAAAUACACAAAAUGUGUUUGGCAUGUAAAUAAAUUGCUUGCAUUGCAACACUCUUUUUGUUUCAGUGACAAGUUGACUGGGACAUGAGCUGGUUUGUUUGUUGUCCAGGAGUGAAUUAACUUUACGAAAUUCUCCAUUAAAGCUAAUCAACGAGAUCUCAAGACUGGCAACGUAAAAACAAAGCAUAUUCACACGUGCUCAAGCCAGAAUCAGAAACACAUAAAAGUGAAGUUAUAUGUAACAUUUUAUAGGCCAUCUAUCACUCAUACAUUGUGUUUUGGCUUGGGAUGCCUACAACAGCAAAUGCCAAAAAAAAAAAGAAAAAGUAUUUUUAAAACUGUAUCCUAUUAUAGGUGUAUGAUUUCUGUAAUUGCACUCGUGCUAUUGGCCAGUGCGGAGUGGGUUGAAGGAGAAUUUACUGUCACUGAAUGAGACAAGGUGCUUGUAUUUGAGUUUAUGUAUUUAAGGCUGGGACUGCAACCACAGUUGUUCUUAAGGAUACUUUAUUUUAAAUCACAGACAUUUUGAAUAUAUUCAAAUAAAAUAUCUCACCAAGCAUAAUGUGAAGACCUGAUUUUUGUACUCGAUUGCUUUCUUGUUGCAUUACCACAUGGCAUUGGCAUUUUGUGAGCUGGGAAGUCUAAUAAUCAAUGAUGGAUGCAGAAUUAACUGAGGAAUAAAUAAAAAAGGGUUAAUUGUUCUCAUAAACCAAUCGCCCUUGGCUCUUCAGGGAAUGGAACUAUUAGGAUGAUCUGACAGUAAUGAAGACAAAAUCCCAUUCAUGCUACAAACUUAGAUUUAAUUCACUUCAACAUGUGCAAAAUGGACACUUAAGCUUUAACAUAUUAAUCAGGAUUACAAGUGAGUCAUGUGUUCACAUUAUCGCAUGAAAAGGUGUGGUUUCUGCCUUUUAGUCAUUAUGUUGACUUGCAUUGGC